AUGCCGCAUCUUCCAUCCGUCCCCCCGAGUCAUCUGUCGACGACGUACCGCACCUGGGCCCGUCUGCAGGAGCUCAAGGCCAACCCAUCGCUGGCGCUGGAUGGAAAUAGCCUGGAUAUUGCGUCGGUUGUUGCCGUUGCCUACCAUGAUUGCAUUCCGGAGCUGUCGUCCGACCCAGAGGUGCUGGGGAGCAUCACUGACAGCGUGCGUGUGUUGAUGGAUCAUCUAGACAAUGGGUUCUGUGUUUAUGGCGUAAACACCGGCUUCGGCGGCAGCGCGGACUCGCGCACCGACCGAGCAACAGCCCUACAAGCGGCGCUCCUUCAACUCACACAAGCCGGGAUCCUGGUGGCCAGCGACAAAGACUACCCAAGCGGCAGCAGCGCAGCAACAAACUCGAGCCCGGAGCCGCACUCCAUGCCGUCGCCGUGGGUGCGGGCAUCGAUCGCCGUGCGCGCCAACAGCAACGCCCGGGGCCACUCGGCCGUCACCAUGCCGAUCCUCACCGGGCUACUAAACCUGCUCAAGCACGGGAUCACGCCGAUCAUCCCGGUGCGGGGCUCGGUGUCGGCGUCGGGCGACCUGAUGCCGCUGUCGUACAUCGCGGGCGCCAUAACCGGCAGCCCGGACAUCUACGUGCGGGUGCAGGACGCAGCGCGUCCAUGCGAGCCGACGAUCACCACGGCGCGGGACGCCCUCACAGCGGCGGGACUACCGCUCCUCACGCUGGGGCCGAAAGAAGGCCUCGGGCUGGUCAACGGCACGGCGGUCUCGGCGGGCGUCGCCACACUCGCGAUGCACGAAUCGAACAUGCUCGCCGUGACCACGCAAGCCCUGGCCGCCAUGGGCGUGGAAGCCCUCCAGGGCACGGCGGAAUCGUUCCACCCAUUCAUCCACGCGACACGGCCACACCCCGGCCAAGUCGAAUGCGCGGCCAACAUCCUGACCCUGCUGCAAGGCUCGCACCUCGCCAUCGGCGUGAACCGCGAAAAGGACCGCAAGCUGACCGGCCUGAUCCAAGACCGGUACGCAUGGCGCAGCGUGCCCCAAUGGGUCGGCCCGCAGCUCGAAGACCUCCAGCUGGCGACGCGGCAAAUCACCACGGAACUGAACUCCAGCUGCGACAACCCGCUCAUCGACACCGCGAACCGGGACAUCUUCUGCGGGGCCAACUUCCAAGCCGCCGCCGUGACGUCCGCGAUGGAGAAGACCCGGCUGUCGCUGCAGAUGCUGGGCAAGAUCAUCUUCGCGCAGGCGACGGAGCUCGUGGACCCGAACUACAACAACGGGCUGCCGACGAAUCUGGUCUCCGAUGACGCCAGCCUCUCGUUCACCAUGAAGGGCGUGGAUAUCAGCAUGGCCGCGUAUAUGGCGGAGCUGGCGUACCUGGCGCAUCCGGUCAGCGCGCACGUGCAGACGGCGGAGAUGAGGAAUCAGGCGGUGAACUCGCUGGCGUUGAUUUCGGCCAGGUUCACGAUGCAGGCGGUUGAGUUGGUCGGGCUGAUGAGUGCCGCGUAUCUGUAUGUGUGCUGCCAGGCGGUGGAUUUGAGGGCGUUGCAUUUGCGGGUGGUGGAGGGCGUGCGGGGCGUGGUUGGGGAGGUGACGCGGGGGACGUUGGCGGGUGCGGAUGCCGCGCUGGUCGCGAAGGUCGUCGAUGCGGUGGCUGCCGCGUGGCCGACCACGACGAGGCUGGGGAUCCCCGCGCGGUGCCGGACGGCCGUGCAGGCCGCGGUGCCGGUGUUCGUGGAUGGCGGGGCGAGCGUCAGUCUGGAUGCGGUCAGGGAGUGGCAGGCCAAGGCCGCGGAGGUGGUCGAGCAGGUUUACCAUGCCAAGAGGGCGGAGUUCCUCGAGAAGCCCCAUACCGAGGAGUUGCUGGGUGCCGGGUCCAGGGUGCUGUAUACCACGGUGCGCAGGGACCUGAAGGUGCCGUUCCAUCAGGGCUUCGUGGAGCAUCCCACCCCGGAGUCGGAGGAGUUGGAUGGCCGGCCCAAGAGGACGGUGGGCUCGUGGAUCUCGAUCAUCUAUGAGGCUUUGCGCAAGGGCGAGCUCCAGGCCCCGUUGUUUGCGAAGCUGAAUGAGGUGGUUGCUGUAUAG